AUGCAAACUUCUCGUUCUCUCUUCCAAACAGCCAUCAAACUUCAGGGGCGACCAGCCAGCACCGGCAUAUCGAAGACUCGACCCUUUCUCAACGUCUGGACUAAUCAGCAACCAACUGAGAACAAGACUCCCAUCUUUCAAGCCCAGCAAAGACGCAAUAUGGCGUCCGCCACCACCUUCUUCGAUUUCAAGCCCAAAGACAAAAAAGGCCAACCCUACCCCCUCUCCCAAUACCGCAAUAAAGUCGUCCUCGUCGUCAACACCGCCUCCAAAUGUGGCUUCACACCCCAAUUUACCGGCCUCGAAAAGCUCAACAAAUCCCUCUCCGCCAAGUACCCCAAUGACUUCGCCAUCCUCGGCUUCCCCUGCAACCAGUUCAGUAACCAAGAUCCCGGAUCCAACGACGACAUCCAGUCGUUCUGCCAAGUUAACUACGGUGUUAGCUUCCCCGUGCUGGGGAAAACAGACGUGAAUGGAGAUAAGGCGGAGGAGGUGUGGGAGUGGAUGAAGAAUGAGAAAGCCGGGCUUCUUGGUCUGAAAAGGGUGAAAUGGAAUUUCGAAAAGUUUUUGAUUGGACGGGAUGGGAAGGUGAAGGGGAGGUGGGCGAGUACGACCACGCCGGAGAGUUUGGAGAAGGUGAUUGUGGAGGAGAUAGAGAAGACGAAGCCGGCUGGAGGGAAGAGUGGGUUGUGA